AAGUGAAUUUUUUUCGUAUUUCUUUGAAAUUUUUAUUGAAAUACGCAUUUCUAUAGUUCUAUUACACAAAAAUAAUGGCCAAGCAGCAAAAGUCAGGCAAGGACUGGGAACAAAUUGCCCGGGGCAUCGAAGACGACAAAAAGGACGAAAUCGAAACGCUGGAAGAUCUGGAGGAAAAGAUGAGCAAAACUCCGCGCGGUAUGUUCGUCAGCGGCUGGGACGAUCCGGAUGAUCUGGUUGAGGAGGACACCGAUCCACAAGCCUCCCUCGAACGACUGGCACUGUGGGCCGCCGGCGAAGACAAGCUGGAAGUGCUGACGGAGGUUCUCUCUAAAAAGCCCUCCGUAGUACACGCCAUCGACGAGGACGGGUACACUCCGCUGCACAAGGCUUGCUACAACAAUAACACCGCCAUGGUCGAACUGCUGCUGCGGUACGGUGCCAAACCAAACGCCCGCACCGAGCUCGGUUGGACGCCGCUGCAUUCCGCGUGCAAGUGGAACAACGCCGAGUGUGUGGCCCUGAUGUUGCAGCACGGAGCGGACAUCAAUGCCAUCUCGCAGGGAGACCAAACGCCGCUGCACAUCGCGGCCACCGUGUCCAACUGCCGGAGCACGCUCGUCACGUUGCUGAUGGACGAUCGGGUGCGGCCCGGGCUGGUGAACAAUUCGAACGAAACGGCGGCGGCGAUUGCCAAGCGGAGUGGGUUGUCGCACGCGUUGUUCGAGAUGGGACAUCCGGGGUACACGGUGGAGAUGGGGAUUUUGGAUUGAAUUAUUUAAUAUUAAUCAUUU